AUGUUUAAUUUUUCUCGAUCUUCUCAACAUUCUAACUCAUAUAUGUCUUCUCAUUCAAAAAAAUCAUAUUAUGUAACACCAUUACACAAAUUAGAUAAUUUAACAAAAAAAUAUAAACCAAAAAAAGUUAUUGAAAAUGAUAACUAUAAACAAUUAUGUCGCACGGGUGAAUGUAUACCAUUUCAACAACCAUCGUCCUACCAUUGUCAUGAUAUACAUCAUCGAACAUCCAUUGAAACAUUAGAUGAACUAAUCGAUCGUGCUCAUCAAACAACACAUUAUACAACUGACACAGAAAAUCAACUCCGUCCACCACCUCAAUCAUCGCAACCUGCAUUCAAACAAAUCGAAUUCGUUCACCUCACUCAUCCAUCUACCAUUCUCUUACUCGAAGUCAAUUAUCUACCACCGGAAAAUAGCCCGGCGUUUAUCAAACUCAAACAACUAUGUGGGAUUAUUUUUUCAUCAUCAAAUCACAUUUAUUCAUGGGGAGACCCAGUAAAGGAAUUAACAAAAUUUUGCAAAUUCCAUUUAUUUAGUGCAGAUGAGAUACGUCAACCCGAACUACAUGAUAUACAAGACGACUUUAAAGAUUGGUUCCAUUCUUCAUAUCCACCGUCAGAUGAUCAUAAAUCUGAAGCAAACGAUCAAUAUUCUUUACAAUCAGCUAUUUACCUUAUUUUUACCGAAUGGUUAGACAAGAGAAUGACUCUUGCUAAUUGGGGUUGUGGUAUUGAUCUGGCCUUGGGGACGUAUAUACCAUCAGAUUUGGUUGGACGUGAGCGAUAUGACAUCAUUAAAGGUGAAGAAGAACUACGUUUAGCAAUGAAAGAUUAUGCCAUCAAUGACUGCUUUGCAACCACACGACUAAUGUAUCUAGUUAUAUACAAAUGGUCACGGGAACAGGUUAACAACUAUCAACAGUCGCUGGAACAAUUAUUGUCACAAUGUACAUUAGCGCAACAAUCAAUGGAAUAUGAACCGAUAUCUGAUGAUGAACUGGCGGUUGUUCAUGUACGAGAUGAACGGCCGUCAGUAGUGGAAGAUCUACCUGAUGAUAAUGAAGAACAGCAACCGCUGGUUCAUGUAGAAUAUGAACCACGGACUCCGUUGACACAUCAAUUGUUUACAGGUGAGUUAUCAAUACACGUUGAUGAACCGCUAACACCUUUAUUUUUGCAUUCACCACCGCAUCGACACUCAUCAUCAUCAACGACUCGUGUGCCUGAAUCAUCAUCUCACUCAUCAUCAACGACUCGUGUGCCUGAAUCAUCAUCUCACUCAUCAUCACAUCAUCACCAACACCUCGUACCAUACACAUUGAACCAUCAUCAAAUCGUCCAUCCUCCACAUCCACACCUCGUACAAUACCCGCUGAACCACCAUCCCAUCGACCAUCAUUGA